UGUUCAAAAACCUGUGGUUCAAAUGUACUGCGCGUGCGUAAACGAUCCUGUUUUAACUCGAGCAGUCAGAGCUGCACUGGCUCCACAUCAGAAGUUAAACCGUGUUUUCUUCCAAAAUGUCCUGAUGAUCUCGCUUUGAGUGAAGAUUUAGAGAUUAAUGGAAAGAGCUCGCAUAACAGUGAGUGUAAUUUUCUAUUUAAAUUGUGAUUUACGCAAGAUGGAAUUGGAAUUUAAUUCUUUCAGGCAGGUUCUCAUUUGUCUCAAGUAGGAUGCAACCAUAUCAUUUUCCCAUUAAUUGUUUUACUGUGUGGAAGAGAUAAACUGUGGGAGGGGCUAAAUUGAAAAAACAUCUGCAACCUUCGAGGGUAAGUUCCACAUGUUUGGUCGAUGAAAUUUUUUUUCCCCAUGAUAAGAGAGUGAACAUAACAUACGUACGUUUUGUUCCCGAAAUGCUAAAAGGGUCUCCAUAUAUUUCUGUCAUUAUAUCAUUUUCAGACAUAGCCUUCGUGGCAGAAGCCGGUUAGUUUUUUUUGGUUAGUUUUAUAUAGAGCGCGCGAGAGCCUGCUACGCAGGCUAUUUCAGACGUUAGGAAAGUAUUUACAUAUUCUCUGUCACUGCCACUACGUUUAGCUCCUCCGAAUGCAAAUACAUCUCUAAACUGAAUGAUACCCACUGAUCAGAAAAAUUGCGAUUGGAGGAAACUGACCAAACCUUAAAAUGACAUUAAUACCGUUACUUUUGAGACAGUCUCCGUGCAGAAUGAAUUCGAUUGGAGCCCUUGGUCUGAAUGUUCAAAGACUUGUGGUAGCGGCUCUUACCGCAAACGCGAGAAGACGUGUUCGUUCUCUCUGAUGGAAAAUGAUGGAAAGCUGUGCAUUGGUUCGAAUAUUGAAAAGAUGCUGUGUAAUGUGCCUUUAUGUCCUGAACAAGCAGCAGUCAGGCCUAACAAUACCCUCAUAAAAGGUGAGUGACCAAAAAAGAAAAAACGAAGCGUCUCUUUUCUACUGAAGGGGGGGGGGAUUUGUGAGGGAAAAACAAUCACAACAUCUUUAGUGAAGAAUUUGAUAUCUAUAAAUGCUUAUCGGUUUCUCCCUGGGAAGGGAGGAGUCCGACGUUUUGUAUUCCAUCGAGGGUAGUAGUAUUACUGUAGUGUAGUUAUUCUCUUUACUAGAGUACUACAUGGAAACUGUUAAAAAAAGUCGGGCAAAAAUAAUGUCAAGUUACAGUCGGAAAAUUGAGUUUGCUUCCGCCUUUGAGACCGAAUUGAUUUGGGUCUCUCUUGUUUAGCUUGUUUAUCUCGCCCUGCCUUCCUAAAUCUAGCAUAAUGUCGAACCCCCACGUGCGAACCCCUCCCAUAAACGAUACCUAUCCGAUAAAAAGCACCAGAAUCUUCGCUUACAAGCCCUGUAGUUAAGUUCUCGUAGACGACUGCGACCACUUUUUGUGGUCACGGUUCUGUAAUGUUCCAUCGUUUCUUUCCUCUUGAGGUAAGAAACCACUUUACUCAUGAUCUGACAUCUACGUUUUCAGUAUAUACAACAGUGAUCACAGUAUGCGAACAAUUUUUAGUACAACAUGGAACUUCACACGUUGGUACUAAGAAAUUGCUUUCAAUGAUUUUUUUCCAAACAGAAGAUGUGUUUGGAAUUCUUCUCGGAACAGACUCCCAGUUGUUCGAUUCUUGUAAGCGACAUCUAAAUCUUCACAUUUCGGAUGGUCGCUUACAGAAGAGCCAGAAGUCGGAGAUUAUUAUGAUACUUCCUCUUUAAAGUUACUAGGCAAUGACUUACUUACAGUUUUGUUCACAGUUCGCCUUUCCAUUCAUUAUCUUUCACUAAUAUAUUGCUUUCCUCUCAUUUUCUGACAGCUUUAAGUGACACAUUAGAUACAUUGAACGAACCAGUCUCAAUAGCAGCUAAUUCAAAUCCUCAACCAUCUCAACCUCCAAACACCUCAUCAAAUUCAUCAGGGGUUAACUCAUCUUCAGAUUCAGGCUAUUCCAAUUGGUCGCCUUGGUCAAAGUGUUCCGCCACGUGUUCGCCCAAAGCUGUGAUGUCACGUGAACGAACCUGCAAAGUGAAGACGGGUUGUCAGGGACUGUACAAACAGACUAAGCCAUGCCAGUUGGUGAAAUGCCCAGGUACGUUUUCACCUUCCAAAAGAGGAAAUGAAAUUGGUUGAAAAGGAAUGUAACUAUGCUAAUUGCAAUCUAAGUUGCGAAGCUGACUUGUAGUCGAGACUUUAAUUCAGUACUUCUGUAUUUAUCAGUUAAUUUACAUGCAACUUUGUCCCAGCUUGAAUUUCUGAUCGAGAAGAGCCAACAUUAUCUUUUCGUUGAAACAUAAAAUUAAAAACCCACAAGAAACAGAAGUUUAUUCGCUCCCUUUCUAACAUACUUUACUCUUCGUGUAUGACCUAAAGCGCCAAAAACUAUUAGGUUCUUACUACCCGACAUUUUUAUGGUUGAACAUGACCCCUUUGUGUUUUGUCGUCAGUGGAUGGAGGAUUAACUGGUUGGACAGCAUGGUCAGCUUGUAGCAAAACCUGCAACACAAACGCGGUUAGUACCCGGCAGCGUUACUGUACUAACCCUCCCCCACAGGGUAAUGGAAAAGACUGCGUGGGUCAGAGGAUGCAAGCAAGACCAUGCGCAUCACAGAAAUGUCCAGGUAAACGUAAGAUAUGAUAGACAACAUGUUUGCGGGGAUUUUGUCUUUUUAUUACUUUCUGUUAUUGGUAAGCUGAACUCUUCAGUCAUAAAUGCUUUUCUUUUUUGAAAUUUGUGACGUUUUAUAAAGCUACGGAGCUACAUACUUUAGUGUGGCACUAACGUUUUCACGGACAUAUAUGUAUAUUAAAGAUGUCAGUUUAUUUGGCGAAUCGAUCAGUUCAACUUAAGUAAACAGUAACUUAAGAUUGGAGUUUGUUGAGGCGAGCCCGGCCUUCUGCCAACCCCUCAAAUUAAUCCAAAUUAAUUCAUUUGAGGGGUAGGCAAAAGGCCGGGCUCGCUUCAACAAACUCCAGUCUCAAGUUAAUGUUUACAUAAGUAGAACUGAUCAAUUCGCCAAAUAUAGUGACAUCUUUACACUCACCUGAAACUCAUUUUCAUUGUGAUCCAGACCUGAAGGCCAUAAUAAAAAGGCAAUACUUUAGCACAAUUCUUAAAAAAGGAAAAAAUACAUUCACCCUUAGUCUAACACAACUCAAAGGUGUAAUAAGAGUAAAGAUUUUGAAAGACUAGUCGCAUUAUACGUUGCAGUUGACGGUGGUAUGUCAGAGUGGUCCUCGUGGUCUGUGUGUCGAUACUGUGGGAAAUCAAAAAGAAAAAGAACGCGGAAGUGUAACAACCCACCACCAGCAAAUGGGGGAAAACCGUGCGCAGGGCCACUUGUUCAGGAGAUGAAAUGCCCUAGGAAACAUUGUAAAUGUAAGUCACGUUUACUACGGCCUGGUUUACACAUACGGUACAAGAAUAAGUUCAAGCGGCAUGAUGCAUCAUUAGAAUUUUUUUUACUAGCUAUAGGUUUCAUAUGGAGAAUUAUUUUUGAACGAUAGUUUACUAACCAGUUGUCGUUGGCCCUUGUUUCAGCAACGCUGGGAUUUGGUCCGUGGUCUUCAUUUAGUAGAUGCUCCCAUUCGUGUGGUGGCGGAGUGAAAAAAAGAAGACGCAGAUGUCGAAAACCUUCACACGGCUGCCACGGACCACGCGUUCAAAGGAAACGAUGCAACAAACACAGUUGUCCAGGUGAGUGUACAUUUUUUCUCCAACACCAAACCACUUGACGGGUAAAAUACUGCAGCCUAACCUUAAGAGAAAAAAGAGGAUACUCCUUGAAUAGGAAGAGGGGUAAGUUUUAACUGGAGAGGGACUUGCAUGGCCGGCCUUAGUGGAGAGGUUAUUUUGGCAGUUUGCGACCCUUUUUAGUUGCCUUUGUGGAUAGGUGGCUGUUUUUUAGUAGUGGAGUUAGAUGGCCCUUGUUAAGAUUUUUUUGGCAUUGGCAACUUGGAACGCCCUUUAGCGAUUAAAUGAUUAUUAUGGAGUGCUGCGGAAAUCGAGCGGAAUUUGUGAACCAUAAGAAUACGUGAACGCUGAGGGGAGGUGGCUGUUGUUAAAGGUUCGACUGCAUUUUCGGUUACAUUCACAGAAAGUGAAAUUCGUUCAUUCAGCAAGUAUAUUGCUAACUCCAGUGAUUUUUUGUCUUUUUAACCUCAGACGAGAACUUCCUCAUUCGGAAGGACCCAGUUGAAAUGUGCGGCUAUCAUCCUUGCAAGGUGGCUAAAUGUUUAACCACUCCCACAACCAUGUGCGUAAGCGACUCCGAAUGCAAACCAGUUUUCUUUAACACGAAUGGAAGAAUUAUCGAGUCAUGCAAAGGUAAGAGUUAAAAACUUUCUGUUGACACUCUGGUCAUGACUUAUUUUGACAUACUGGUUGUUAAGGUCUCGUUCUUUGAACCUUGAUAUAGAAGUUGUAUUUCCAAAAAUUGUGUAGCAAGGUCCGUCUUUCCGGACGUCUUUAUUUGCAGCAUAAUUCCUGAUGCCACGUAGAUCUAUAUUUUCAUAUUGUUUAUUUUCGUCUGGGCGCGCGAGUUGGACAAUUCUUUGACAUAAAAUGGAGCACUGGUUUAAAUUUUUUAUGAGUAAAAACUACAUUCUCGUCAACUCUGUUUGGUUGUAGAUCAGAAAUUCCACUUCAAGGCUUACGCCUAGAAGAGAUCGAUUAACGAACUAGGCAAAACAAAAUAUACAUUUUUCAUUAUUGCAGGAGAUGCAGUUGUGCUUUCUGUUCCUCCAGAACAAGUUUGUCAUUUCAACCCCUGUGAAAAAUCUGCUUGUUUCACGAAUGAAGCGGAGCGCUGUGUAGUGUCCUAUAAGUGCAAACCUAUCUUUUUUGGUGCAGACGGAGAAAGAGCUUACUGCAGAGGUAAAAGACAUGUUGUUAAAUAACUAUUAGGCUGUGUUUACAUUUAGUACCCACUCACUCGUGCCUGGAUACUAGCACAAAAUGGUGUUGUGCUCACACCGUGGGUGCCCGAUAUGUAACUGUGUUUGCUCCAUAUCACCCUGUCAGACAACAUUUUGAAACAUUAGUGAGAAGGAAGUUAGGGGUAUGAAAACAGUAUACAAGGUCUCGACUUUGUACACGAGCGUCGGGCGUGGCUACCAUAAAAAGGGUGUUCCAGGUAUGAACAAACCCUCCACGUUUGUGCCAGCAUAGUUCAUUAUCAUUUUUGUAUCACUCAGCGACUUUCUUCUCUAAACUAACAGGCAUCUUAACAGUACCCGCCACUACGAUAUGCGGCUUCGACCCAUGCUUUGAAAAGGCAUGUAAAGUUGACUUGACAGCCCACUGUGUCGCCGACGCUCAGUGUAAACCGACCUUUAUUACCAAUACUGAACGAAUACUGGACGAAUGCGUAGGUAAAUAA